CUCUACAUGCUCAUCCAGGAGGAGUGAAUGCUGCAAGUCACUGACUGGAUGCAAUCUGCUGGGUUUCCUUAGAUAGAAAAACGUUUUAUCCAAUUUGAAUAAAUUACUGAACUUAACUACAUUGUUUGAGAACUAGGAUCAAUUGGAAUGUAUAGCUUGACUUGAAAUCUCUUUUUUCACUUCUUUUUUUAAAUUGUAGAGUGGCUGAGAUGACGUACUGUCAAUUGGUGCUUUAUAAGUGAAUUGAGUUGAAUUCAACUAGUAUUUAAAAUCCACUUAUUAAAAAAAAAAAAUUUCUAAUUCUUCCAUAUUAAAACAAAAAAACAAGCAGGAAGUGGUCUGUAAUUGCUUGCUAGCAGGUUUCACGUUAGAAUUAGUACUGUCAAUGACAUUUCUCAACCUCUCUUUUGACGGUCCUUCACUUUAGUAGGUGAAUAUAUAUAAUAUAUAUAAUCAAACUUGCCAUUCGCUGCUUGAUAUCAUAUGAUGAAUGACAACAAAUUUGACUAAAAACAUUUUUAUGAAUUCUAAACGGUUAGAAUGUCUUAACAAAUGAAAGUUUCGGGUGCUGCUGGAGUUUAUCUAUUAUUGUGUAUUAUGUUUAAAAACUAAUAUUACUUAAUAUAAUUCAUCAUUUAAACGUAUUUAAUGUUCCCUCCAGGAGCGAUUGAACCGUAACAUUUAUUUAUUCAUUUCAUUGACCUUUACCAUAAAUAGUUUAUUCUGUGCGGUCCAUAAAAUGACUCUUUCUGGUCUCGGAGCCGAAAUGAAACUGAACGAAGAGCGGCGAAACUUCCCAGUUGAGUUCUGUUGUUCAGCACCUACGACCUGUUGUGACAGGUGACUUUUGACCGAGGACUCACACACACCUCUGCAUGACGUGACGAUGCGUGGGAGAGAAACGAUACUAACUUCAUCUGUUUCUCUUCAUCUAAACUGAAAGUGGCGCUCAGAUUUGGUCUGUUUCCAGUUAUGCUGUAAUAAGUGAGGUUCUUUUCCCCAACCGGUUUCACAUCUGUCUCACUGCUCAGCUGAAGAAGAACCAACCCGGAUAAGAUGGCUGAUAACGAAAUCAUCGUUUUCUUUGACCUGGAGACCACUGGAUUGGAUACUUCGGUGUGUGAUAUCAUUCAACUGGCUGCUGUCUGCGGGGAGAGGGUCUUCAAUAAAUACACUUUGCCUCGCCGUGUCCCGAACCGGAGUGCCACCGCUGUCACAGGCUUCACAGUGACUCCUGACGGCCUGUUUCUUCAUGGAGAUCCAGUGAAAACCAUCCCUCUUGACGAGCUUCUCACCACCUUCAUCACCUUUCUGCGCACCUUCCGAUGCCCCAUAGUGCUGGCUGCCCAUAAUGCAAGGCGUUUUGACGAACCUGUGCUCUCCAGAGUGCUGCGGCAAUGUUCCCUGCAGCAGGAGUUCCAGCAGGUGGUGUCGGGCUUCCUGGAUACUUUCUUGCUGAGCAAGAAUCUCUACCAGCGCCUGGCCAGCUAUUCUCAGGAGUCUUUAGUCUGGCACUUUCUUGGAAGGUCCUACAAUGCUCAUAAUGCAGUGGAGGAUGCCAGGAUGCUGCAAGAGCUGUACCAGGUGUGGUCCCCUAAUAGAAACUCUGUCUUGACAUUUACUUAUAGAGCAAACUAGCAGAAUGUUUAAUAAGAGAAAAUGAUAAUAAUUUAGCCUGAAAAAUAAUUAAUCUGUCAACAAAAACAAACAUUUCCAUGUGAGGAUAAUUGUUUUUUAGGUGAUUUUUGUCAUCAUGUUCAUCCUAAUGAAUAGAAAUAUUAAAUCACAAAGUAAGAAGAUGAUGGUUAAAUUGCAUUUCUUUUGAUCAAAGAAUGAUAAAGCAUGUUAUACCCAUUCCUUAAUUCAUUUAGUGUUGUAGCUCUGAGCUUUGUUGAAAGUGUCAGUUUCUGUGAUCAGUGGUUUAGUUUCUUUGUGUGACACUAAAAUGUAUUUUACUGUACAUUGCAAAUGUGUCUUAUUUGCCCUAAAUAAUAGAAACCACACAGGGAAACCUUCAUACUUGCUGUUAUUUUAUGUGUAUAUUGGAAAUUUGCCUUACCUUGUAAAAGAAAAUAACAUAAAAUGUUUCAAACAUAAA